AUGAUGGGCUAUAAUGGUCUUCCGUUCCAUCAGCAACGGGCGUCCCAGCAGACUGCGCAUCCCCAGCAUCAACAACAUCAUCCGCAACAACAUCCCCAGCUACAGUCUCCGUCUAUGGGUGCGGCUGCCGCCGCUCACCCACACCAUGGCGCCGGACUCACCAGCAAUAGCACGCUGCUUCGGGGCCAUUCGCAGGCCGAUCUAGCCGCCCAUUCCCCGGAUCCCCGCAAAAUGACCCCAGUCUCAUCCAGCCCGCUAGUCGGUCUGAACACGGCCGGCCAUUUCAGUUCCUACCCCGGACACUUCACUCCCCAGGGUUCCUCGGAUCUGCUGUCCCGGAAUGCCGACUCGAUUGGGCAAUUGAAGGAUCCCUAUCUGUCCUUGCAGUCCCUCCAACGGAACAUGAAUCCCAUGGCCAACUUCCGCACCCAUGCCAUGAACACGCAGGCCGCCAUGUCGCCUCAUGCCCAUUCGAUGGGCAUCGCCUCGCCCCAGCAGUCUCUUGAGCGGCUCCAGCAGCAACAUCUGCAGCAGCAUCGCCAGAGCGCCCAUUCACUCCCCAACGCGCAGACGCCGACUCCGGCCGCCGCAUCGCCCAUGCUCGGGGCGAGCCAAGCCACCCAUCAAUUCCAUCAGUCGCCCUUCCAGCAGACUCAGCAAGCAUCUCCUUACCAGUCUCAGGCUCAGCAGCUGCCGCAAUUCCAUGCGCACUAUCAGCAGUCUCCGCAUCAGGCUUCGCCCUAUCAAACCCAAGCCCAGCAGUCCCCGUACCAACAUGCGCAGCAAACGUUCCAGCAGCAGCAACAGGCUCAUCAGGAAGCGCAGCGGCAGGCCCAACAGGAGGCACACCUGAAGGCGCAACAGGAGGCUCAGCGACAGGCCCAAGUGGAAGCGCAACGACAGGCGCAGUUGGAGGCCCAACGGAAAGCCCAGGAAGAAGCUCAACUGAAAGCGCAGCAAGAGGCUCAGUUGAAGGCUCAGCAGGAAGCCCAAUUGAAAGCUCAGCAAGAAGCGCACCUCAAAGCCCAGCAAGAGGCGCAGCGUAGACAGGAGGCCCUGAAAGCGCAGCAGGAAGCCCAGCGCAAGGCUCAAGAGGAAGCCCAGUUGAAAGCCCAGCAAGAGGCGCAACUGAAAGCGCAACAAGAAGCUCAAUUGAAGGCUCAGCAAGAGGCUCAGCGAAAAGCUCAGGAAGCCCAGUUGAAGGCCCAGCAGGAAGCUCAACUCAAAGCACAACAAGAAGCUCAAUUGAAAGCCCAAGAAGCCCAGCGUAAAGCCCAGCAGGAAGCCGCCCAUCGGCAGGCCCAGCAGCAGGCCCAGCAACAGCAACAAACGCAGCAGACUUAUCAGCAACAACAACAACACGCCCGCUUCCAACAACAACAAGCCCAGCGAUCACCCUUUCAGUCGCAACCGCAACAGCUCCAGUUUCAUCAUUACCAACAUCACCACUAUCAACAACCGCAUCAGCAACAGCAACAUCAGCAGCAGCAGCAGCAGCAACAACAUCAUCAUCAACAACAUCAACAGCAGCAGCAGCAAGCCCAGCAACAGCAACAGCAAUAUCAGCAGCAGCAGCCACAGCAGCCGCAACCUACUAUCAAGCAGCAGCCACAGCAGCCACAGCUACAUAAUAUCAAGCAACAACAACCGCAGCAGCAGCAACAUCAGUUCAUUCAGCAUCAUCAGGUGCAGCAGCAGCAACAACAACAACAACAACAACAACAACAACAACAGGCUCAUCCAACCCAGACUCAACCUCAGACUAAACCCCAACAGCAGCGUCCGCCACAGUCAUCUGCCUCCGCCGUGGAGAAAAAGGCUCCUAGUAAACCACGGAAGAAACAGUCCAAGCCGGCUGCAUCGCCAGUCCCUGCCGGGGUGCACAUCAACGGGCAGUUUCACCCCGUGUUCCAAGCUCAACUUGGGCCUUCAAGUCAACAACAGCCUGUUACCAGUAGCCCUGUCAAACCCUCUCCCACUGCUCUUACUAGUGCUUCUGCUGCCACUGUCAAUGCCAAUGCCACUGCCGCUGCUGCCGGCGCUGCUCCUGGGGCUCCUUCUGGGGCUCUUCCGGGUCCUGUCCCUAAUGCCAUUCCUGGGUCUGUCGCAGGGGCUCUUCCUAGCUCUCAAGGCGAGGUCCAAACUCCCAAAAAGCGAGGUCGCCCGCGCAAGCCGCUCGCUCCCGGGGAGGUGCCUAAACCUCGCAAGCCGAAGAAGCCGAAGAAGCCGCAGGAGAUGACCACUAUCAUCGGUCCAGAUGGUACCCCGAUCACGGUUCCUGUUCCUCCCCCACCGCCAGCCCUUGGACCUGACGGAAAUCCCCUGCCGCCACCCCCGCCCAAGAAGAAGCGACCAAAGCUACCCCCUCUGCCUCCGAUCAUUUUGGCGGAUGGCACCAUCAUCCCACAGAAGCGUGGUCGUGGGCGGCCACGCAAGGAGGUGACCGGCGACCAGCCCCCAAAGCCUCGGCCGCCCAAGAAACCGUCGUCAAAACCGGGUACGGGACGGCCGCGGGGACGGCCCCGGAAGGCGGAUGUCUUGGCUCGGAAGGCAGCGGAGGAGGCCGAGGCUCAAGCGAAAGCUCUGGCUCAAGGGGGUGAGCCGGGUCAGACUUCGGCACAAUCGACACAGCCACAGCAACAACCACAGCAGCAGCCACAGCGGCCGCAGCAGCAGGCGCCGUUGAUGCAAGUUCAACCCCAACAGCCUCAACAACACCAACAGCCGCAGCAGGCUCGGCCUCAAGCUCAUCAAGCGCUACAACAGCAGGCUCAACAACAUCCUCAUCUCCAGCAGCAACAGGUUCAGCAGCAUGCUCAUCUCCAGCAGCAGCAUCAGCAGCAAGCCCAACAUCCUCACCAACAACAGCAUGCGCAGCAACAUGCUCGCCAGCAACAGGGCCAGCAACAGGUGCAACAACAGGUGCAGCAACAGCCUCAGCAACAGCCCCAAGCUCAGCAACAGCCGCAGCCCAAGGUCCAAGCUCAGGCCCAGGCGAAGCCCCAGCCUCAACACCAGCACCUUCAUCAGUUCCAGCUCCAACACCCUCUACCCCAUCAACACCAUGGCCAGAACAUUGUCCAGCCUCAAUUCCAAAUCCAUCAAAUGCAGGUCAAGCCCCAACCGCAUCUUCAGGCUCAUCAGAUCCAGUCUCCGCACAUGCAGGCUCAUCAGAUCCAGUCUCCGCACAUGCAGGCUCAUCAGAUCCAGUCUCCUCAUAUGCAGGCGCAUCAGAUGCAAGCUUCACAUCAGCCUCAUGCUGCUGCUCAUGCCCAACACCACGCCCAGCAGGUACCACCGCAGGCACAGCAACAGCAAGCUCAACCCCAACCGCAUCAGCAACAGCAGCACCAACAGCAGCAUCCACAAGCACCUCGCACGAUACAAAUGCAACCACAAACACAUCUGCAAGCCCAUCAUCCUCAGGCUCACCAGCUGCAAGCCCAUCAGAUGCAAGCGCAAGCACAUGCGCACCAGCACCCGCAUUUCAACCUUCAUCCCCAUCUCCAUCCUCACGUCCAGCCUCAAACUACCGAUUCCAUGACCCUCAAUCCGUCGCAGAAGCGUAGCGCGCCUGUGGACGAUGAUCCCCGAAAACGGGCUUAUAUCAUGCCUCAGCAAAUGUAA